AUGACAACCACGCCGUCUACCUCCACGACUCCCGUAACUGAAACAACCACGCCGUCUACAUCCACAACUCCCAUAACUGAAACGACCACGCCGCCGUCUACCUCCACGACUCCCAUAACUGAAACGACCAUGCCGCUGUCUACCUCCACGACUCCCAUAACUGAAACGACCACGCCGCCGUCUACCUCCACGACUCCCAUAACUGAAACGACCAUGCCGCUGUCUACCUCCACGACUCCCGUAACUGAAACGACCACGCCGCUGUCUACCUCCACAAUUCCCGUAACUGAAACGACAACCACACCGUCUACCUCCACGACUCCCAUAACUGAAACGACAACACCUACCUCUACUCCCAUGACUGAAACGACAACGCCACGCGUGCCAUGCACAUGUGAAUUUGGAGGCAAGAUUCUGAAUGCUGGUGACCUUGUGUACAUAGCUAAUGGCACCAGCGGUUGGUGCUCCUAUGUGAGAUGUUCACCAACGUGCAUCCUCAUCGCCUCGCUCGAACUGUGCCCAACUACAACCGAGCCCACGACGAGCAGCCCUCCAACCACGUACCAAUCCACCUCUCUCCAACCUGGCUGCUAUUCCAACGGUCGUUAUUACCAUAUCGAUGCCACUUGGACAAUGCCGGGUGAUAACUGCACACGCUUUACAUGCGAGAGUGUAUUAGGGCAGGCUUCUGUUGUGGAGGUGACGAUCCGCUGUAGUCCAGCCAUUAACAUCAGCUCUUGCCAACCUGGAACCGUGGUAAAGGAUGAAUAUGGCUGCUGUUCAAGUUGUCGUCCUCUGCAGUCUCCUUGUCGGUUAUUUGAGGGAAACGUUGAGAUCAACUUGCCUGGAUGUCAACCAAAAAACGUAUCGAUGCCUUUCUGUCAGGGGAACUGUUCGUCAAUGACAAUACUUGACGUCCCAUCUAUGGCACCGGUGUACACCUGUAACUGCUGCCAUGACCUAGAAACUGAGGGUAUGAGGAUUUCAUUGACUUGCACUGGAGGAUCUCAACUUUAUGACUACAUCUACAUAAAAUCUUGUAAAUGCACAAGCUGUUCAUGAACAUGAAAUGUGAAGGUUGAACACUGUUUUGCAUCGUGAUGUAAAUACUGAAUUGCUUACAAAAUAAAUGCAAA